GCGGCACGUGACCCGCGUCCUCCCGGGCGCGCGCAUGCGCAGACCCAGCGCCGAGCCCGCGCCAUGGCGGCCGAGCGCCUCCCUAGCCGGCCCGCCUGCCUGCUCGUGGCCAGCGGCGCCGCCGAAGGUGUGUCAGCGCAGUCCUUCCUCCACUGCUUCACUAUGGCCAGCACCGCCUUCAACCUGCAGGUGGCCACCCCUGGGGGGAAAGCCAUGGACUUUGUGGAUGUGACCGAGAGCAACGCACGCUCGGUGCAGGACUUCCGCCUCAAGGCCUACGCCAGCCCCGCCAAGCUUGAGUCCAUCGACGGUGCCCGCUACCAUGCCCUCCUGAUCCCCAGCUGUCCUGGGGCCCUGAGCGACCUGGCCAGCAGUGGCUCCCUGGCCCGUAUCUUGCAGCACUUCCGGUCAGAGAGAAAGCCCAUCUGUGCUGUCGGCCACGGUGUCGCUGCUCUGUGCUGUGCCACCAACGAGGACAGAUCCUGGGUGUUCCAUGGCUACAGCUUGACAGGGCCCUCCGUGUGUGAGCUCGUCAGGGCCCCCGGCUUCGCCCGCCUACCACUGGUGGUGGAGGACUUUGUGAAGGAUUCUGGUGCCAGCUUCAGUGCAAGCGAGCCUGACGCCGUGCACGUCGUGCUGGACCGCCACCUGGUCACAGGCCAGAAUGCCAAUUCCACUGUCCCAGCCGUGCAGAACCUGCUCUUCCUCUGUGGCAGCCGGUGAGGGCACCAGGGUGGCACAUUCCUGCCACAUCCGCAGAGCUGCUCCAGGUGCGGGUGCCAAGCCUUUACCACACGUCCUGCAGGAAAUGAACCUCCUGGGUAGAUGCACCCCCUGAGAUAGCCCAUGUGUCUCCAGAGGCAGGCAGCCCUGUCUCGGGCCUCCAGGGACCCUGCCUCAUCUCUCCUGACAAGGAACCUGGGUGGUGGCCUUGGAUGGCCUUAAUGUGACUGUUGGAGGCCUCCUGGAAUCAGCUCUGAGGGGGUGUCAGUCUCCUGGAGGCUCCAACCCCCAGUCCCCUGCAUGUUCUCUAGUAGGAGGCAGAGAAAAGACCCCAGAUGCCCAGAAAGCUGUGGUAGCUGCCAGGUGGUCCUUGGGAAUUCCAAGCCGGGUGUUCCAGGGAGGACUGGUUGCCAAGUGCGGUCACUGCUGACAGUCUGCUCAGGGGUCCUCUGUGGGGGCUGGCCCCGUUGCGGCCAGCCUGCCACCUACCACCCCUUCAGCCGAGGGUGGGGGCCUUGAGGGGAGGGAGCCGGUGAGAGCUGACUCAGAACUUAAUCUGGCCACAGGUGAGUGAGGUUUUUUGGGAGCAGCAGCCUCCUGCCCCGAGACUGACCAGCAAUGGCAGCACUUUCCUGUUGGGGAAAUCUUCCUGGCGUCUUUUAAGAUGUGAGCACCACAGUGAUGGCCCGUCCUGUCUGAGCAUCGAGAGACUUGCUUAGCUGUGACUGACACUGUGCUGCGGUUCUCACUGAGAGGAGAGUGCUGUCCCCGUGGCCCUGCACAGAGUGGCCUUGGGCACAGCUGCUAUCAAGAGCAGACAGUGGUCCGGCGUGCUGGGCACGUGGCCUGGGCCGUGUGUCUGCAGCAGGCUGCCCGCUGGGCCCAGCACAGGGCCUCCAGGAGCGGCUUAGACCCUCCUCACAGUUCUGCAGUGUGAGCCAUCAAAGGUCUUCCUCUAGCCCACCUCCCCGUGUCGGCCACCGUCAUCCCCAAGCACCAGGGUGGCUCCUGGUGCCAGCGACCUGCCAGGAGGCCCCUUGUGAUUAUAAAACCGUUCAGUAGGGCGGGUGUGGUGGUGCGCGCCUGUAAUCCCAGCUACUUGGGAGGCUGAGACACGAGAAUUGCUUGAACCGGGAGGCGGAGGUUGCAGUGAGCCAAGAUCGUGCCUUUGUACUCCAGCCUGGGCAACAAGAGCGAAACUUAUCUCGAAAAUAAAUAAUAAUAAAAGAAAACCGUUCAAUAAGGAGAAUUCGGGCCGGGCGUGGGGGCUCACGCCUGCAAUGCAAGCACUUUGGAGGCCAAGGUGGGUGGAUCACCUGAGGUCGGGAGUUCAAGACCAGCCUGACCAACAUGGUGAAACCCUGUCUUUAAGAUAAAAAUAAACUUUUUUUGUAAAAAGUGGAAGGAGGAGGCGCCACAGCCAUGUCCCCACCCCAAAGGCUGCGUCCCUCCAGCACCUUUAGGAUUACUCAGGACGCCCACGUGGCACUGGCCGCAGGGCUCUGUCCCGGGUCCGCCCUAACCCCGUGUGGCGAUGGACAUCUUCGGACAAGUACUUUUUUAUUUUUAAAUUUUUUUCUUGAGACAGAGUUUCCCUCUUGUCCACCAGGCUGGAGUGUGGUGGCGCAAUCUCGGCUCACCGCCACCUCCGCCUCAGGUUCAAGCAAUUCUGCCUGAGCCUCUGGAGUAGCUAGGAUUACAGGCCUGUGCCACCAUGCCUGGCUAAUUUUCGUAUUAUUCUUUUUUGAGACAGUCCUCUGUUGCCCAGGUGGGAGUGCCUCAGCCUUAGCCUCCCGAGUAGCUGGGAUUACAGGCUCAGCUAAUUUUUCUCUAAUUUUUAGUAGAGAUCGGGUUUCACCCUGUUGGCCAGGCUGGUCUUGAACUCUUAACCUCAAGUGAUGUUCCUGCCUUGGCCUCCCAAAGUGCUUGGACUACAGGGGCCUGCCGCUGUGCCCGGCCUAAUUUUUGUAUUUUUAGUAGAGUUGGGGUUUCACCUUGUUGACCAGGCUGUGGAACUCCUGACCUCAGGUGGUCACGUGCCUUGGCCUUCCAAAGUGCUGGGAUUAUAGGCAUGAGCCACUGUGCCUGGCCAACAAUUACUUUUUAAAGAAAAUUUAAAGGUCGGGUGUGGUCUAAUUCCCAGCACUUUGGAAGGCCAAGCUGCACGGAUCGUCAGGAGAUUGAGACCAUCCUGGCCAGUAUGAUGAAAGCCCGUCUCUACUGAAAUACAGAAAGUCGGCCGGGCGUGGUGGCACCUGUAAUCCCACCUACUCGGGAGGCUGAGGCAGAAUUGCUUGAACCCGGGAGGCGGAGGUUGCAGUGAGCUGAGAUCGCACCGUUGUGCUCCAGCCUGGCAACAGGGCAAGACUGCGUCUCAGAGAAAGAAAAGAGAAUUUAAGAUCCUGCAUAAUGUCUCAGUCCGUUUGGGCUCCUGUAAGAAAAGACUGUAAACCUGCUGGCUUGUAAACAACAGAAAUAGGUUUCAGUUUUGGAAGUUGGAAGCCCAAGGUGAAAGCGCCAGCAGAGUCAGCCUCUUGUGAGGGCGAAGGUCCCAUCACGAGGCUCUGCCCUGUGACCCGACGGCCUCGCACACGCCCCACCUGCUACCAUCCCUGGCAGGUGAGGACUGAAGCGGGUGGUUUUGUGGGGGACGUGUUCAGGCCACAGCAGGUAGAUGAAGAGCGGUGAGCCAUGCCAGAUCUGACAGCCCCGCAUUGAAGGUCAAGGCAGUUGUGGCUCUGGGGAUGUGAAGUGGUCACGAGGGGCCCCACAGACCUGUCCUUAGGUGAGCCGCCCACAGGCCUCUUCAUCAUUCCUCAGUUGCAUGCGAGGCCUUUGGCAAGCCUCCCUGCUGUGCCCAGGUCUCUGCCAGGGCAGGGCUUGGGGCAGCACCAGGCUGGGCAGAGGAGGAAAGCAAGAGGACAGAGCGUCCAGAAGAGCAGCAGAGGGUGGGUGAGGAUUUCCCCAUGUACCCAGUGUGUGUUCACUUGCCCAGAGAAAUAAACCAUGCAGUUCCAAACACUGGCACCCUGGUGCAGGUGGCAGAGCUACUCACGAUAA